AUGACUACCCAGAAAGCAAUUGUCGUGACUUCGCCAAAGCAAGAGGGCCUAGUAACCGAUCGCCCCAUUCCCACUCUCCGUGAUGAUUACAUCCUCGUCAAGACGGUCGCCGUCGCCCUAAACCCCACCGACUGGAAGCACAUUGCGUUCCUUUCCCCGCCCGGCUCAUUGGUCGGAUGCGACUAUGCCGGCAUUGUCGAAGAGGUUGGAAAAGCCGUCAAAAAGCCCUUCAAGAAGGGUGAUCGCGUGUGCGGUUUUGCACACGGAGGAAACGCCGUACAGCACGAAGACGGAUCCUUCGCCGAGUACAUCGUCGUCAAAGGAGACGUUCAGAUGCGCAUCCCCGAUAACAUCAGCUUCCAGGAAGCGGCCACGCUGGGCGUGGGUAUCACGACGGUGGGACAGGGUCUGUAUCAGAGUUUGAAGCUUGCGCUCCCGUCGGAGCCGAUCAAGGAGCCGGUUCCCAUCCUGAUCUACGGUGGCUCGACCGCGACGGGCACGCUGGCGAUUCAGUUUGCCAAGCUGUCCGGCUAUACUGUGUUGACGACUUGUUCGCCGCAUAACUUCGGUCUGGUUAAACGCCUCGGUGCGGAUGCGGUCUUUGAUUAUAGAGAUCCCGGUUCGGCGGCUGAGAUUCGCAAGUACACCAACAACAAUCUGAAGCUUGUUUUUGAUACGAUUUCACUGAAGGAGAGCGCUGAGUACUGCGAGAAAGCUAUUUCCAGUGACGGUGGCGAGUACGGUGUUCUCCUCUACGUUGGUAUCGAUCGUGAGAAUAUCACUACUCGCCACACUCUUGCCUACACGUCCAUUGGUGAGCAGUUUACCUUUGGUGAACAUAUCAUGCCUGCCAAGGCGGAGGACAAAGCGUUUGCCGAAGAAUUCUGGACCAUUGCAGAGAAGCUGUUGGCCGAUGGCAAGAUCAAGGUCCACCAGCCAAAGGUCAACCCCGGUGGCUUGCAGGGUGUCUUGGAGGGGCUGAAGCUCUUGAAGGAGGACAAGGUUAGCGGGGAGAAAUUGGUGUACAAUGUCGCUGAAACGCCUUAG